AUGUACACCAACACCAUGUACUACUCUCAAAUCACCGACCACAGGACGCCGCUCUGGGUCAAGAUCAAAAGACCGUUAUGGCGGAGGAAGGGACCUCGAUCCAGCAUCUUGUUCUUGUUCGUUGUCCUCAUUGGGACCACGGUUUAUCUGGCCAUGUCCCGGGAUACCACAGACUACCGUCACAGCAAUCGAUACAAGGUGAAACUCCAGAGCUGGUUAGGUGGAUCGAGUCCGUCCAAGCAAGCGCAGCCCUCGGCCAUUCCUGACAACAAUACCUUCGAUGUCAACAGCUCACUCGCCUCCAACUUGAACCAGACCCUCACCGAAGAGGAUAACGAAGCCUCCAAACCACCCAAGAGUGAGGAUCUGGUUGAAGCGAUCAAGGAUUCAUUUGCGAUUGCUGCCCACGAAGAGGACGACAAAGCCUCUCGACCUCCCAAAAACGAGAAACCGGCCGAAAAAGCCGAGGAUCCCUUUGAAACUGCUGCCGACGAAGAGGACGACAAGGCCUCUCAACCACCCAAGGGCGGGGAACAGGCUGAAGACGUCAAGGGUCCAUUUGCCAUUGCUGACCCGGAACCGCCACUUGCCAACGUGGAAAUCGACAAGAAACCGACCCCUGCAUCCGACGACGCUCGAGUCGAGGACGAAUCGAACGAGUCGAAACAGCACUUGUCGCUGGAAAAGAAGGCCGAAUACCUUCCAGAGUUCAUCUGGGUCCCGUUCGAGGAGACGGUCAAGGACGAGGUCCUCCAGGGUUGGGAAGACGAAUGGGUGAGUUCAGGGACGUACAACUGGGAGAAAUGGGGAGAUCUGGAAGAACCCAAGAUCGAUUUUGUCUAUCUGUGGGUCAAUGGUUCCGAGCAGGACUUUCAGGAUACCAUCAGGCCGUGGGAGGAGCGGUCGAUUCUGAAUGAUGCUGAAGGAGAAUGGAUCAAGUCGCACGGCACGAACAGAUACCGCGACUGGGACGAACUGCGCUAUUCUUUUCGCAGCAUCGAGAAGAAUGCUGGCGAUUUCAUGAACACCAUCAAAGUCCUUGUCAACUCGAUUUACAGGAAUGGGGCUCCUGUCAGGAAACAGACGCCCACUUGGCUUGCUGUCGAUGACCCCAAGGUCUCCAAGCUGGUUCAGGUUAUUUCUCAAGAGGAGAUGUUCGAGGACGACAAGAAGGUCUGCUUACCGGCGUUCAACUCUCUGACAAUCGAAAAUCAGAUAUUCAACACAGAGUCGGACGUCGACCAGUUCUAUGCCAUGUCCGACGACAUGUUGCUGACACGGGAGCACGCCCCCGCCGACAUUUACUCGCCACUGUUUGGAGCGGUGUUGAGCUUCAAGACCAAUGGGUACAGCACUACCUCUGCCCCGACCGAAGCCGACGCACAACGUUUCGGUGAAAAGCCGUAUUUGAUCUAUACGUCGUGGCUUUUGAAUCGUCGGUUCGGCGUCCGAAAACGCAAGGGCCAGAGUCACUUCGGACAUUCCCUGUCACGAAGCAUUAUGCGAGAGGCGAUCGAGGCAUUUCCACGCUCCGAAAUCCAGAGUGCCUGUAAGCGGUUUCGAGGCGAGCCCGGAUUUCAGCUUUACUCCUGGUAUGUGAGCAACCACUAUGUAAUCGAACGUCACCGUGAACUCCUCUUGUGGAGUUACAUCAUGCUGCGGAGUGACGUCGAUCGAGAUGGUAUCUUGUCCUGGGAGGAGCGCACGAGGAUCGUUGCCGAUCUGGCCGAAGGGGCUAAGAAUGCUGACAAGGCGACGUUCCGCCGCAAGCUCUUCUACCAUGUCCCAUCCAUGCUUGAAGAGGCUGGACUCCGCGCGCCCCAAGUCAACACCAAUUCCUUGUGGACGUCUCUCGACGGACCCCAUGCCAUUCGGAAUGUCGACUGCACGGACUUCUCGAUAGACGACUGCCUAGCACCAGGCUUUCUCUCCGACAAUUCGCCCCCGUCCAGCACGAACCCGACAUUCAGCUCGUCCGUCAUCUUUGACCGGCUGGCUCGCCAGAACCCACAUUGCGGUGACUGCCUGCUAAAGGGACUUCUUCAGCAGACACCGUCGGGUUUGGAGCCACUGUUGCCGGACGCCGAGACUCAAGCUGCCGACCGCGAGAUUGUGAUCAAAGGCGCCAUGCGCUACAAGUUCACCGAGGUUGAUCCAUCGGACACGCUCUUUGUCAUGGUGACCGACGCCGACCAGAUCGACAGCACCUUAUACCGGCAUUAUGUCAAAGGAGGCAAGCAGCUUCCGGGCCAGAUGUGCCUUAAUGACGAUGUUAUCACGACCGAUGAGCAGGAGCUCCAGGAUAUUCAGAAAGCAAUGAGGGAGACGCUCGCGGGGCUGUUUCCUCGUAAGGGCAGAGCCGAAUUCGGUCAUGGAGGCCUGCGUCGCCAGGCCUUCUCCAAGCUUGCGGCCCUCUCCUCAGUCCGAUCCUCGACCCGUGAGGCGGAAUUCAAGCGUCUAACAUCGGCAGCGCCGUCCAUCAGGCCCCAGACGAACGGUGGUGUUCUCGAUGGCGUCCUUCGGGCAAUUGCACCCAUUUCACGGGUGCCUAUGUCGCCCCGCGAACUCGAUGUCUUGCUCGCCUUGUGCGCAAGUGCUCACGACUUGCACGAGCUGUCUCAUGCCGAUCGCCUGGUCAAGCAGUUGACAGCUUACCUGCCCGAGUCGCAUUCCCAAGUCUUCUCAUCCUCGCCCUUUGUCCAAGAAAUCAGACCCACGCCGUGGACUGCCCUCACGUUCCAACUUACAAAGGCGCUACUCGUCCUCGGACUCAGAUUCCCCCCUUUGAAAAACGCGGUCGCGUACAGCAUCAAGUUGUAUACACAGAAUUGGUCCCAGUCUGCUUCGGCGCUGGCAGCUGUUGGGGUUGGCGAGCAAGAUUCAGACGACGACGACGAAACCCAGGAAAUUGCGGCGAUAACGGUGUCGUUAAUCGGGUUUCUGGAUGCGGCGGCUGCUCAUGGCAACUUCUGGUCCCCUUAUGAAACAGUCGAACUUAUUCGCUGCUUGAAAGAAGCUUUGUCAGAGCGUUUCCUGAUAGCCGUCGAGACUGCCUCGUCAGCUAUCCGGAAUUCCACAUCCACUGAUCCGGCGGAUCGUGAUUGGAGAAAAUACUUGAAACGAUUCGCAGCACAGGGACUUCCAGUCGGAGCCAUGGUGUUACAAAAGGGCUUCAUGAAACUGGUACUUGCGUGUACGGCCAGAAUGUUAUGCGAUGAGCACACGGUAGAGUGCGGAGACAUACUCGAUCAAUACAUCGCUGGCAACCACCUCAACCGAGCUAAAGAUGACACUAUUACGGAUGACAUGGUCGCCUAUCUGGUGGACAUCGUCAGUGAGCAAAUGCGUGUGCUAGAGGAUGGCUCGGAUUAUUUGCAGCUCAGCUCAGUCUGGCAACAGCGUCUCGCGUUUUCUGUCAAGGCGUACGCGGUAGAAGCAUAUCUGCAUUGCCUGGUUCUGGACGAGGAAAUCGCAGAUGCCGAGGACCUGGCCGCGUGGCUGGAAGACUCGAUUGCCAACCAAGUUCAAAUGGCAGAUCUCGACCUUGCGGACAUAGUCUUGAAAACAAUGGCCGUUGUGGCCAAACACAUCCCCGAAGGUGCAAACAAUUACGCUCGGGCCCUGUUAAGAUUCAUUGUCCGUGGCACCUCCCGCCCACCAGCAGUUGCCAUCGCUGCGCAAAGCUUGUCGCAUAUCUUGAGGAUGCUGUCACACGAUGCUAUUAUCACCACGAUAUAUUCACUGGGAAAUGUUCUCAGUUCGCAAACAGGAGCCGAAAAGGUACACCAGGCUCACGGGUUACUAGAACACCCGGCUCACAAUGGAUCCAUGUCAUCUACGACAAGACUCCGAACUGGGAGCGUCAUUUCGCUCUCUCUGAGUGGUGAUGAAGAAACAUCGCUGGUCUGUGGCAACGUCGCAGAUGCAAUUGUUGUCAUAGCCACCGAAUGCAACGACAACAAAAUAAUUGCCCUAGCACAGAUGAUGAUGCUACAAAAGGUGGGGAGAAUCAGCGUCGUGGUGGAUGCUCGCAUUAUCGAAGAAGCGGCAAAGCUCGCCAUUUUUGGCAAGGAGAACGAGUUCAAGGCUUUGAUCAGACUAUACAGUCGAAUGCAUCACGAGGCCGUAGCUCAGGAGAACACCAUCAUCAUGCAAGCUAUCCGCAACGCGCAAGAAUACUUGGCAAUCAACCUCGAUAACCGAUCGCCACUGUUCAAGAUCUAUGCCAUGCAGCUGCUGGAACGGGUCCUCAGCAAGGGUGAUGUUGUCGAAGGCGAAUUCAAGCAGUCUGCGGAAGUCGAACAGGCUGCAAAAGAGAUAGCACCUCUACUCAAGCCGCUGUCUAUUCUUGCUUCUCGAAAGCCUGCGCUAACCAUCGAGAGCACACUUGCCGAAGAUGGCGAUGUGCUAAGCAUGGUUAGAGAGGUCUGGUACAACGUGGCUGUGCACGGAAUCACUCUCCAGUCUCGCAUCGGCCAGCAGCAUUACCAUGAGUUGCGGGUGUUGGCGAUGAACUCGAUGCCUCUCGUGGAUGAUGACCGUGCCGAGCUUUUAGAAUCAGAUGUGGAGAUCAACACCGUCCUGCGAAGAGGAAUGAACUCUCAUCACAUGAACGACCAAAAGAAAGCUCUUCUUUUCGCUAUCCCCGAUCGAGAAUCUGACAUCGGAAAGUUGAGUUACCAGAAGGUCGUGUUUUUAAAUGCUGUGUUUCUGGUUGAAAGCCUCCGAGCGGUAUCUGGAAGCUGUGCUGAGAUCCUGGACUAUUUCUCGGAUCCGACGACGCAGACCAGCCAUAUGGGAGCAUGCAUGGGCUCGAUUGCGAACGAGGUUGUCAAGAGGUAUACCCAGAAAGCUGUGGCUGGCAAGGAUGAUGAUUUCAGCGCCCCCUAUGUGUCUCGACAACUCGCUCGGAUUCUGAGUGGCUGUUGUCACCGGAGCAGUAAGAUGCAAGAGGUCGCAAGGGCAGCAGCCAACCAUAUCAUCAGCUUUGUCCCUUCAGCAUUGUGUCAAAAGUCCGCCUUGUUUGCUUUACUGGAGCUCCUCUCUUUAAUGUGGUCCAGCUGUCUUGAUGCAGACACUGAUGAGUACGAGUGGCGGCCCGUCCUCACCUCGACCCGAGGCAAGAUCACGGUUGAGUUAUCCGACGACUACGCAUUCCGCAAGCGCACUCUGCAGACGCUGCAUAGUGAUGCCAGGAAAUGGGUGACCAUGGUAAUGGGGGUCGCACCUUUGGACGUCAAGGGCCUACUUCAGACAUACCUAUCCGAAUUCGAUGACACGGGGGCAUACGGACACAUUUCCCUGGGCAGAUCGUUUGCUCUGGAAAUGGGCUCCAUGAUUCCCCCGACGGAUCGUAGACUGAACGCCAUCGACCGAAGAAAUGACUCAAUGGACAUCAACAUGGCGUCUGACUUUGUAGCCCAAUACACUGCUCGGCAAGAAUAUCGAUUCACAGGAAUCCCGGACCACCACCGCGACGAGAUCUACAUGGAUGACACGACCGGUCGAAGAUCUUCCCUGCAGAGGCCGUCUGCUGAUCCAAUGCCUGUUUUGCAAGAUGCACUCCUCGACCUUCACAGGAAAACGAGUCUGAAGGUCCAUGUGAAAGCGUUCGAAGUCAAGGAUGUUCUGCGACGCGCGGCGGCUCUCCUCUGCCAGAGCAAGAAAUCGCAGACAGCUAUUGUGCACUACCUGGUCAAUAUUCCAUUCGCCAUUUUCACAAAGGAGUCCAUUAAACUUGGUAUCUCCUUGUGGCUUGGGGUCAUCCACGAGAACACCAGGAUGGAGCCCCGAAUCUUGACAGAGGUUGCGCAGGCCUGGGAAAGGACGAUUGAUCGCAAAGUGGGUAUUUUCAGCCCCCAUUUCGAGCAACCAGAUCCAUUUUAUGUCAAGGAAGAGUUCGCUCCAUCUGACAGAGCUGCGCUGCACAAAGAAGCACAAGCAGCGCACAACACCAUCGCGCCCCAUUUCAGGUUAAUGCAAUUUUUCGAAAGUCAUUUCAAUGCCAUCAGACUUGGAAGCGCCAAUACUCAACGUACAUUUCUCCGACUGCUAGAGCGAACUCUUCAUGGCUUUAUCCAUAUCAAGGGACAUCCCCUUCUGCGCGACAUCCAAUUCCACGUGGUCCUUUUCGCUCUUCGAGUGGUCAAAAAUAGCACAUGUCUCAACAAGUUGUCUAUGUGGAAACUGAAAGAUCUUAUUCUAUCCGUCGGACUGCAGUGGUUUGCAAAGCCGCCAUAUUGGUCCUUUGGUGGCAAUCGGUUACAGUUGAAGGCCGAGGUUCAAGUGAUGCAGGAUGUUUUGGCCUUGUUGCAAGGUACCCGGACACCCAUAUUUCCAGCUUCGGCGACCAGAAAAGACCCCCAACAGAAGCACGAGCUAUUAGAAGCCCUUCUAACGAACGAAAUCAACCGGCUGAACGUUUGGUUGUCACCCCUUGGGCAUUCGGGUCACCAAGCCCAGCCUGAGUCUCAAGUUGCAGGCCUUGUUCGGACCGCAUGGGCAGAGGACCCAGCUCUCGCGGUACAGCUUCUCGCACGAUUCAACCAUGACCAGCUUCGCCGCGAUGUCCGAUUCCUGCUACUCAAUCAACCCGAAAAAGCCUUGCACGAAGCCAAUGCCGUCGAUUUGCUGCUUGGCGACAGACUUGCGUCAGACUUGUCAUUCCAAUUGAAGUAUCUAUUAUACUGGCGUCCGGUCAAUCCAGUUCAGGCCGUGACAUACUUCAUGCCUGCUUUUGGUAAUCACCCAUUCAUCAUCCAGUACGCGAUGAGAGCUGUGGAGAGCCACUCUGUUGAUGUUACAUUCUUCUAUGUUCCGCAGAUUGUACAGAGCCUACGGUAUGACGCGCUGGGAUACGUCGAGCGGUACAUCACCGAGACUGGCAAAUUCUCGCAGUUGUUUGCUCACCAGAUCAUCUGGAACAUGAAGGCCAACGCAUACAAGGAUGAGGACUCACAAGUGCCGGACCCUGUCAAGCCCACACUGGAUAAAGUCAUGAACAGUCUGAUCUCAAGUUUCUCCGGCGAAGACAAGGACUUUUACGAGCGAGAGUUUUCCUUCUUCAGUGAGGUGACCGAUAUCUCGGGCAAACUCAAGCCGUUCAUCAAGAGGCCUAAGCCAGAAAAGAAGGCCAAGAUCGAAGAAGAGCUUCGGCGAAUCAAAGUCGAUGUCGGGGUCUAUCUUCCGAGUAACCCUGACGGUGUAGUGGUGGGCAUCGAUCGGAAAUCGGGUAAGCCUUUGCAGUCACAUGCAAAGGCCCCGUAUAUGGCCACUUUCCGAAUUCGCAAACAGAAGGGGGCUUCCAAUGAGGAGACGAGCGACCUGAUAGAGUCGGCACCCAAGGUUCAAAUCGCACAUCCCAAGAUCAGCCACAGCCGUAGGAAUACAAGUGACAUCUCCAACGUUGAGUUGAACGAGGGGAGUUUGUCAACUUAUGAGGUUUGGCAGAGUGCCAUCUUCAAAGUCGGCGACGACUGUCGGCAAGACGUCCUCGCGUUGCAGAUGAUUGCAGCUUUCCGCGGCAUCUUCAACUCGAUCGGCCUGGAUGUCUACGUCUUUCCGUAUCGCGUCACCGCAACGGCGCCUGGCUGUGGCGUCAUUGACGUACUUCCAAACUCUAUCAGUCGCGACAUGUUGGGCCGGGAAGCGGUGAAUGGUCUACAGGACUAUUUCAUCACCAAAUACGGCGGCGAACAUUCCGUACGCUACCAGGAAGCGCGCAGUGAAUUUGUGAAAAGCAUGGCGGCAUAUUCUGUCAUCACGUACCUCUUACAGUUCAAGGACCGCCACAAUGGAAACAUUAUGAUUGACGACAAAGGCCACAUUCUCCACAUUGACUUUGGAUUCUGUUUCGACAUCGCGCCGGGCGGAGUCAAAUUCGAACGGGCCCCUUUUAAAUUGACGCCUGAAAUGAUUGCCGUCAUGGGCGGCGACGACCCUCAUACCAGUCAACCGUAUCGCUGGUUCGAGGAGCUGACGAUCAAGGCCUUCCUGGCCAGCCGCCCGUACUGCGACAAGCUCAGUCACUUGGUGAGUUUGAUGCUAGACAGUGGGUUACCGUGCUUCAAACCGGAGACGAUGAGGAACUUCAAGCAGAGAUUCGUGCUGGAAAAGAGCGAGCGAGAGGCUGCCGAUUUCAUGUUGGGAUGCAUCAAGAAGAGCGCGGCGAACGUGACAACCAAAGUGUACGACGAGUUCCAACUGAUCACCAAUGGAAUUCCGUACUAG